AUGGAAAAUCAUAUUUGGGAUGAAAAGGAACUUGGUAUUAGAUUCAAAGAAAGAUUGUGUUCUUCUAUCAAGACCGUUCCAAGAGAUCUUAGAUUGUAUCAAUUUAAGAAAGAAGUUGUCAAUUUGAUACUCCUACAGAAAUAUGAAAGAAAUACAGGAGGAUGGUUACAAAUGGACAAACCCAUAGGUUAUCAAUAUGAUCAAUCAAGCUCUAUGCCAUCUAAUAAUCCAAAAGGAGAAAAUGGUGAUCACUAUUGA